AUGAAGAGAAAAAUUGAUGGAAUCCUUACGAAUCCCGCUUCAACGCAGCAACAAAACGGCUUCAAAGAUGGAAACGGUGCACCUUCUGUUCUCCAAGCAAAUCCACUGCAGGAUGAUUCCUUAUCGGACUCUGAGCUGGAUGAAAUUCUUAAUCAGCGAAGUCCUUCAUACAAUUUUAUUCAAGAUGAAAUUGAAUAUGAAGAUGUUGACGAGGACUUUCCUAUGGCUUGUGGCGACCAAUACGCUCAGGAGUCGAACCAAUACGCUCAAGAGUCGAACCAAUACGCUCAGGAGUCGAACCAGUACCCUCAGGAGUCGAACCAAUAUGCUCAGCAAUCGAACCAGAAGCCUUCUUUGGUGUCUGUGGUGGCAUCAAGGAAGAAUGCCACACAUUUGAUGAUAAAUGACGAUCGUGUAUCUGAAUACAAAAUUUCUUAUUCUACGAAGAAGAAGUUUAUUUUCGAAUGCUGCAAAUUGACUUCUGAAGGAAAAACUUGUCCGAAGAAAUAUGAUGUUACAAUCGAUCCUGCUCUAACUUCUCUUCAUACGAAAGAGAGAAAAAAUGGAAGAAGUCAGACAUAUUUGGUGAUAAAUCAAAAUGUCAAUAAAAAUAUUCUCUUCGACAAGUCCUUCUACAAAGUUGAGGCGACAGAAGCACAACUACAACUAUCCCACACAUGCUGUGAUGCACCAGAUCAAGAAAAUAUGGAGAAAGAAAUUAUAACGAAGAUAAAAACAUAUCUUUACGAUAACUUUCAAGCCCUCAAAUUCUCAAGUCCGAACAGUAUUAAGCGACAAGUAUUGGAGAUUCUAUCUGAAGAUUAUACGUAUGAUGAACUAGUCAUGGCUUUUCCCAAUCAGCAACAAUGGGAGCAACUAUAUCGUUAUUAUCGUGAGACUAAUGUGCCUGUUCGUGGAGCUCUUGACGAUAUUGAAAAUUUCCAAUUCAAACCAGAAGAUUUUCUUGUCAAUUCAAAAACAAUUGUCCAUCAAGAAGGGCCCGACUUAUAUUUUUACGAUACUGAUACGAUCAAAGAAUGCUCAGAUAUUUCUGUAAUUCAAGCAGCUGUCUCCACCGUGGCCGUUAUGAAGAAGAUUACCGCCGAGUUUUUGGCCAUAUGGCUUCAGUUUAUAAAAAAAUAG